UUUAAAUGUCUCAAGUCUUUUAAGUGUCAUGCAAGAUUGAGUGAUAAACCCAAAUUAUUUACUUUAAAAAGAAAUUUAUAUCGUGUAGUUUAAAAUUUUUGUAGGAUUAUUUUUAGCGACAUGGACAUUGAGUCCAGUUAGCGAUCGAAAUUUAGGUAAUAUUCUAUCGCGUCCACUUUUUAAAUAAAUACGACAUGUCUGAUAAAGACAAGAAGAAGGGCAAAGAGGAAAAAAAGGAACGUGAUCCAACAGCGUUUCUAAAGGACUUCGCGGCCGGCGGAAUUUCUGCUGCGGUGUCGAAGACCGCAGUCGCUCCUAUAGAACGAGUGAAGCUCAUCUUACAGGUGCAACAUGUGAAUAAACAGAUCGCAGAAGAUAAACGGUAUAAAGGUAUUAUGGACGUUCUUAUCCGUGUGCCCAAGGAGCAAGGUAUAACUUCUCUCUGGAGAGGGAACUUCGCUAACGUGAUUAGAUACUUUCCAACGCAAGCGUUAAAUUUUGCCUUCAAAGAUGUUUAUAAGGCCAUGUUUCUUAAAGACGUGGACAAGAAUAAGAACUUUUGGCGGUACUUUGCUGGAAACUUGGCGUCGGGAGGCGCUGCCGGAGCCACCUCGCUCUGCUUCGUGUAUCCCUUGGAUUUUGCUCGAACGAGGUUAGCCGCCGACAUGGGCAAAGGUAAGAACAAGGAGUUCAAAGGUCUCGUGCACUGCUUGAUGAAGACGCUGAAGACGGACGGGCCGAUCGGGUGGUACCGCGGGUUCCUGGUGUCCGUGCAGGGUAUCAUCAUCUACCGCGCCACAUACUUCGGCUUCUUCGACACGGCGCGCGGCAUGCUGCCCGACCCUAAGAACACGUCGCUUUUCGUCACCUGGCUUAUUGCGCAGACUGUGACGACAGUAGCUGGUAUCACUUCCUACCCGCUGGAUACAGUGCGACGACGUAUGAUGAUGCAGUCGGGCAAGCCGGUGAACGAGCGCCUAUACAAGAACACCAUCCACUGCUGGGUCACAAUCCUCCGAACAGAAGGUCUGGGCGCCUUCUUUAAAGGCGCCUUCUCCAACGUUCUAAGAGGGACCGGAGGCGCCUUCGUAUUAGUCUUAUACGACGAGAUCAAGAAGCUACUCUAAGCGGGCUUGUGGACGUCUUGUGCUGUCCUGACCUGUGCCCGUCCCGUGAUAAUGUCUUUGAAAUUUUGUAUAGUGCCCGACGCCCACACGUUUGAAUACUGUAAGGUUUAACCCCCUUGUAAAAUUUUAUUUUAAUAUAUGAAUACUUUCUUAACUACUUGGG